UAAUGUCCUGUACGAUUUUCUGAACCAUGAUUUUACCUCAGCCACGAGACGGCCCAGUGACGAACUCCCGAGAUCCGUGUUCAAUCAAGAACCAGGUGCUUCAUCGACUUCGACGAUUCAAUCGUCGCUCAUUACCGUGCCGAGCUCAUUAUUCCUUCCUUUCAUCAAUUGUUAUCAUUCUGCUGUGAUUCGUUGCUAGGAAGCGUAUCCCAAUGAAGGAUUCCCGACCGAAUGAGGGUCGCUGAUGCGCGGAAUUUGAUCACCUUGCUAUAAUGGGUUCUGCCUAAAUUUCUGGUAGCGCCUUCGAUUCAACUCCUCCCAUUCCUCUUUAUCUUCUUGCUCAGAAUCUGUGACUGAUUGGACUUGUAAGUUCUUUUUUUCCCCCCUUUCCCCUCUUUUGGGGUGUCAUUAAGAUAUGCAAAGUAAAGUUUGGAAAUGGGUACUGGGCUUGGUGUACAUUUUUGCUGUAGCAAUCAUCUGGAUAGUUGCUAGUUUCGUGGUGCAGUCAGUUGUUGAUGGUGGAGUUUCCCCGUUCCUCAUCACUUAUAUUUGCAAUUCAUUGUUCGUGGUGUAUCUUCCUAUAGCUGAAAUUGCUCGAUAUUUGGAGGACUGGAGGGAUAAGAAGAAUGUGACUUCAUUAGAACUGAGAGAGUCAGAGAAGGAUAUUCUUCUUGAAGAGUCCGAACUAAGCAAGGAAUAUGAAUACGAUGGAUCCACUUCCAAUCCAUCCGUGCCUGUAGAGGAGGAAGUGGUGGAGGAGCAAGAAAGUGGUGGUCACGAUUCGAGAUUGGAUACCAUCAUAUCUUUUGAGGUUGAACCACCCUUUCCUGUAGAUGAUCGUGUCAAUAAAGGAGUUGACUCCAAAGGGAGGUGGACUCGAACAAGGUUGGCAUGGGUCAGCUUGCUCAUUUGCCCAUUCUGGUUUACUGCACAGCUGAUGUUCAACCUGUCUCUGAAAUAUACGACUGUGACAUCGAAUACAAUUUUGAGCAGUACGUCCAGUCUGUUUACCUUUUUGGUGUCCCUAGUUUUCCUGAGCGAGAAGUUUACCUGGGUAAAGUUUCUUAGUGUUCUUCUAUGCAUGGGUGGAACCAUUAUUGUCAGCUUGGGUGACUCAGAAUCUGGACCAAGUACAAUUGCUUCAAAGCCUCUUCUUGGAGAUGUUUUUGCUCUUGUAUCAGCUGGAUUCUACGCUGUCUACAUUACACUCAUCCGCAUAAAGCUACCAGAUGAUGAAGAGAAAAAUGGUCGGGCCAGUAUGGCUCAGUUCCUUGGAUUCCUGGGUCUUUUCAAUCUCUUCAUUUUCCUGCCAGUUGCAGUUGUGCUUCAUCUUACUAAGCUAGAGCCUUUCAGUGCACUUACGUGGAAGCAGCUUGGACUUGUUGUUGGCAAAGGAAUAUUGGACAACGUGGUGAGUGACUACUUGUGGGCGAAAGCUGUGUUGUUAACAACCACGACAGUAGCCAGUGCUGGUCUUACAAUCCAGGUCCCAUUGGCGGCUAUUGUAGAUACCGUAACUGGCCAUGCACCUCGUCUCAUGGAUUAUCUGGGAGCCAUAGCUGUGAUGAUUGGAUUUGCUGGAAUCAACAUCCCUACCGAUGAAUAUAAAGAUCCCGGAGUAGAACCUGAAGAUUGUCAUGGUAGAUGUGAAGUAACACAGGCCAAUGUUUGAAGAUGGCAGGGCUUGAGAUGCAUUCAACAUUAACCACAGCUCCUUGUAUAGAAGAGUUGAUUGAACACCGUCGGUAUCCAACCAAUGCGACCACUUUUAAGAUUGUAUAUGGGGAAGUCUCAAGGGCCAAAGAAAGGUAGUAGAGCCUCUGCUUAUCCGUCUCUUUGUAACAACAUUUUACAAUUUUGCCGAAUGUAAAACUAAACAGAUCCAUUGCAA